AUGUCAGGCUCCCCAGCCUCUGGCAUCCCCGUCAAAGUGUCUGCUAAGUUGUUUUCUGGAUCAGCUUCUAAAAACGAAGACUUUGAACAGAACACAGAUGGGAGCAGCCAAGUCAUUGUUUCCAUUGGUGUUCCUCUGACCAUCUCAGAAGUGCAGCUCUCAGUGUCUGCAGGCUCCCCACACCCUGCCGUAGGCGGUCUCACCGUGAAAGCCCCCCUGUCCAGAAGCUCUGGGUUUCUGUCCAUUGAGUGGCAGAAUCCUCGACCUCUUAAAGUUGGAGAGACUCUUAACCUAAACCUGCAGGCCGUGGGCAUCAGUGGGAGCUUCUCACACUUCUACUACAUGAUCCUGUCCCGGGGCAAGAUCGUGUCUGUCCAUUGA